ACGCGCGACGCGACUUCUAAGCCAAAGGCCUCGACUUUGGUGAUCGAUGCUCAAGGGAUUCCGGCGGAAAUGACGUCAGCGAGCCGGGUCUCGCCUUGUAAUUGCCAGAAGUGCCACUGAGAGGAUAAUUAGUCCUUUGUCCCAAGAUGAUCUUCGUGCCCAGAGGGUCUCACACGGUGCUUGCUUUGAUAAUCACGCACCUAGUGAUCUCGAUGCCAGCGCCACCGGUGAAAAGAUCGCCAGAGUUGACUGGUGAUCCGAGGAACGGGUUCUCCAGCGUGCCGAAGAUCCUGGAGAUCCAGCUGCCGCUGAAGAUCGCCACGAAGGACGAUCUGGUAGCCUGGGCGAAGUAUGUGAUGGGUCUGAUGGCGUCCAGAAUCAACAUCACGCUGGCGACUGUUAAGGAUACUACGGAAAACCCGCUGGAUCCUACCAGGAAUCCUAGCAACUACAAGCAAAUGCAGAGCUUCAAGACUUCGGGGUUCAAGAACCUAGAUCCUGGAAAACCAGCUGGGGCCAUGAAGGCAUAUGCUAAGAAUUUCGAGACCUCCAGGUACGCCGAGAACGUAAAGAAUUAUGAUCGCAAUAAGGGUUCUGCGGAAUUCAGGAUACAGGACACCAAUAAGUAUCCUGAGAAGAGCAGGAUUCCUGCGCCGAGGAAAGAGAGCGUCAUCUCUACUCCUAGCCUGCAGGCAUUCACCACUGGGCCAUUGACUGCCAAGAACUUCGUUGGUAUCCGACCAACCACGUUUGCUACCUUGGGGAUCGGUGAUACUACUGUGCAUAGUCCCUUCGAGAUCAAGGCUAAUAUUAACGUAGCCAGGCCGGAAAUCAAAGAGUCACUGAUCAAGGGCACCUUCGACAUGGCGAACGCGUUGAAGAUCAACGAACAGCAGUUAUUCGUGCCCACAUUCCCGGAUUUUGGGGUGUUCAGCCCGAAGAACAUCGACAUCUUCAACGCGGAGACUGUGCCACCCCCGCCGAGGACUUACCUACCUGUAACCACCACCGACAACAUCAGGUUCCCCAGCGAUUCGUUCGCAACCCGAUACUUUUUCGACGGGAUUGAGAGAAACGUGACUAGCAACCUGGGUAUUCUGCCCGUGGAUCUGAGGUACACCACGAUCAAACCCGUCAGCUUCGGCGAGGAGAUCCCGCUGCCAGUGAAGAGCCUAGAGUUAGCUACCAGGAAGAAUUCCACGAGUCCUCCGAAGCGAAUUCUGAACGUUCCUUUCGAGGCUGUGAUCACGUUUACAAGAGAAGCGAAGAUAGAGCCUACCACCUCGAAAUCCGACAACGAGAAGCAGUUUAUUCCACCGACCAGGGAUCCUCCUGAUGCAUUUCCUCCGUAUUUUGACAAUAACUUCACGGUGACGAAUGAGUCGGGCCAGAUAAACGUUGUGUUUGAUGAUGGUAGCCAGGUGACCGAAAAGGUGAACGCCACGAAAAAGAGCGAAAAGAAGAAGAAGAAGAAAGAAAAGGAGAGGGAGAAGGACAAGGAGAGGGACAAGGAUAAGGAGAGGGACAAGGAGAAAGAUAGAGACAAGGAGAGGCCCAAGAAGCCUUCCAUGAUCGCGCAGCUUUUGAAAGUGUUUACUGCACUUAGGAAUACUCCUAACGCGAAUAAUAGUUUGUCUGUCGAUCUAUCGCCGCCACCUUUGAAGCCACCGCUAUCGUUCCCGUUGCCACAGAGGGCUCCGCAGAAACAGGAACCAACGCCACCGCCGAGACCACCGCAGUCGUUUCCUCAGAGACAGCAAGGUUACCCCCAGAGCCCGCAGUCUUACCCCCAGAGUCCGCAAACUUACCCCCAGAAGCCGCAAACAUACCCCCAACAUCCGCAGACUUACCCUCCGAAACCGUCCGAGUCGCGACAAGGAAGACGUAAUCAGACGUCUCUGGCGCAAGAGCUCGAGGACGAUGAUGACGACGGCGACUCGGGCAACAGCGGCGAGGAUAAGAGCGAGGAGGAUAAGAGCGAGGAGGACAAGAGCGAUCAAGACGAAGGCAGCAAACCGAAAGACGAAGUCGAAAGCGACGAAGAUAACGGCGGAAGCUCCGAGAGCAGCUCCGAUGAAAGCGAUUACAGCGACGAGGACGAUGGGGAGGGCGGCUCUGUGCAGGCCAUCAUCAACCUCCUCGAGCUCGCGGCCCCCAUUUUGGAGGAUCUCAGCGACCCAGAAAGCGACACGAACAUCUCCGACGUCCUCGAAGCCGCUGUUCCGCUACUAGAAGAUCUGUCGAACGGAGACGGAGUAAAUCCCGGCUUUGACGUCGCCGGAAUCUUGGUGCCCAUUUUAUUGCAGAUUAGCGGAGGGCCAGAGGGAAUGGGAGACUCGGUAGCUAUCUUGACGCCUCUUCUGCAAGUGCUUGCGCCUUUGAUCGGGCCUCUUUCUGGUCCUUUACUCGUCCCCUUGAGCAGACAGAGCAGCAACCCUCCCAAUCAGGGUGCAUCCAGCUCCGGCAAUUUGAUAAUGAACUUGAGCGGACCCUUGAGCGAGUCGGGGCCCGGCAUGACGUCGAUGCUGCAGAAAUUGGUCGCAGGAGUCGUCUCUAGUCUUAGCAAAAAUUCUGGAGGUGGGUCCGACAUUACCAGUCUGAUCAAGGCGAUCGUUGCUGGAUCGAUCUCUGGAACUAGCGCCAGCUCCAGCGGACCAAGAGGAGACUCUUAUGGAGCUCCUACGAGCUAUGGCGGCGAUUCUUACGGUUAUGGUGGUCAGCCUAAUCGCCCGCCGCCGACCAACCAACGGUUUCAGUUUGGUGGUUUCGGUCGUUAAUUAGCCAAUCACCGCACAAACGCGACACCUCGACGCAAUGGCGCAGGGAUAAAUAGACCAUAAUGUCUCGUGGCCUACGCAACAUCAUUUCAACGGAUCACAGAAGAUCGCAGUGGAUCCUUUGACCCUGUCGGGUCUCGACUCGGACUAGAAUACCAAGCAAAAACUGAAUCGUUUCGAAACCUCAUAAUUACAUCGAUUAAAUGCUUAAUGACUGGUAAUGAUAACGAUCGAGGACAGAGAUCGUUGUUUUUCCAGAGUCAACUCAUUCCUUAAUCACGGUAACACUACCUUGAAACAUGCAAUGGUAGGUGAUAACGAUUUAUCAAGCGGCGACUAAAAAUGAAUCGAAUUCGGUUCGGGAUAAUUCGUGAAUGCGAUAGAAAUCGACGAAAUUAUAGAUCGAGACGGUGUUACACAAGAUGACAUACUCUGUAACAAUUUCGCAUCGACUACUUUCCCUAAUAAACGCUGAGCUCUUUAUGACGAUCGAUCGAUCAGUUUCCGCAGGAUGACUCGUCCGGCUGCUCGAGACAGCUUUCGAGAUACCGUUUCAACGCGAUUCGAAUGACGCGGAUCCGAGUUGUAUUCAAAACACGUGUCGCAUCCUGUUUAAUGUAUGAAGAAACGCGAAGGAGACAUUAAUAAUCGUCGCGUUAAUCGUUUUUUUUUUUUUUAGUUGUUGUUCGACAGCGGAUCGCGCGGCCGCUAAUUAGACGUUCGUGACUCUAAUCGGGCAAUUACGUGUGAGAAACUAAUACUCUCACUGUCUCAUUUGAUGCACUCGAGACAUGGUAAUUUCAAACUCGUGUGUAUAGCUGGCGUUCGAUUUUAAUUAAUAAUUUUAAUAUUUCAGAGUUUCAAAUGAAUUUUUCAUGAAUUUUUUUUUUCGAACUGAAAUCUUCAGAAGAGUUUGUAGAAUUUCAAAGUAAUUCUUCGUCGUUUUUAUUCGCGCGAAAAGUUUUACGAGAUAAUUUAAUAAGAGAGAAUUGGAAUUGUGAAAUUAAUUACGGCACUCUGUUUGUACACAGAAACCAAACGAUAGUCCUAGAUUUUUCACUUCACCUGUUGCUGUUAUUAAUCGUUCGUUGUUUUUCACUAGUUUGCUCUUGUUUAGUUCAGAGGGUUAACGAUUUUUAGUUAAGUUUAUGUUUACACCGAUGUGUCAGCUGUUGACUCUUGUUAAUUGUUAGUUAUAAGUACUUACUCCUGUUUGUUCUUCUGCCUACGUUUACCACUGCUAGUCUUUAAUGACGGCAAACUUUCAAACUGAUAACUUACUAUUUUAUAUCAAUUUUACAGCCGAAAGUCUAUCAUUAGACUUUCUAGUGUACGAAAGCAUCAAUAGAGAUCUAUUAACCUAGAUUUUAAUAACCAUCAUCCGUUUUGUACUUUUCUGAGCAAUUUCAACUGAAAUCUUAGCUUCCAGCCAUAUUGCUGGUUAGAUAUACUUAAUCGACUGCUUAAAUAUUCUAAUUUAAUCAGACUACAAGAAAGCUAUGUAACGAAACUACAUACGCGUUUCUACUAUAAUUCAGACUAACGUUGUCUUUAAUUAACAAGCUGCUCAUGUUCAUCUAAUUUUCAGUUUUAGUGAUAAAACGAUCUUUAAAAACAAUUGACUACAAACUAAUAACAUAAUCGAUACACAUUUAUGACAAAAGUAACUAGAAAGUGACAUAUUCUUCUUCAUUUGCUGAACAUCUGCCGCCAGAUGUUUACACAGUCAGUCCAUAAAAGCCGAGGACUCGAUAGCCGUAUUUGUUAUUUAGACAACGCCGAUGCAUUAAGAUUGCAACCGGUUGAGUUGCAUUAACACGUUCUGCAGUUGCUAAUCGUUAAGUCCACAAAAGAUCGGUAACUAUUAUCCGGCAGGCGAUCAACUUCUCACGUCCGCGGGGAUUUCCGUGAUCGAUGAUUCUUUUUCCAAGAAGUUGAAGCGGGAGCGACAGCUGCAAAGUUUAAGGUCUUGGACUGUGUACCCUUUCAUCCGGAAAUUUCACAAGUUCGCGCGUUGCGCAACAGAGCGAUUCGAAGGACGUCGACUCCCUCUCACUCCCACGGCAAUGAUCGCUUUCGAACCUUGCAUAGUCACGCGACUCGAUCCAUCGAUAAACGAGAAUUAUCGACCGACCGCAUCGUUCAACAAAUUCUUAAUUUCUCGAACGCGAAUUAAGCUACAUAUUUAAUUUUGAAAGGAAUGUCAAAUUUAGGAAUCUUUUCCGCGAAAAUCGUAAUAAUUAUGCGAAUGAUUCCUAGGCAAGAGGAUUCUGCAGACUUUUCCAAAUUGAACAGUAUAUUUUUCAGCAGAAAUAAUGAUAGAUACCACUGUGUAAAAAUUUUUUCAUUUUUCUAACGCGAAUCGAGGAAUUUUGAAGGAAAAGUGAAAUUUUCAGGUUUAAGAAUUUGACUUGCUGAAACACUAUGUUGGCUAUGCAAAUGAUUCUUACGCGAAAAAUUCUGUAGACUCUGUCAAACACGCUACUAUGUAUUUGUAUUGCAUUAUGGACAGUUCGACAUGUUUGAAUGUUUAAUGUUUCUUGAAUUUAUUCUUUAAAUCAAGAUUUAACUUCAGCACACGUCAAGAAAACUUAGUUAAUUAAUUCCGUUUGCGAUCGGUGUCGCAAAUCAUCGCCAAUGACUCUCAAAUAGCUGUAUUAAAAAUGUGAAGCCUACAGACAGAAACAGAAAAAUUCGACGAUUAAAUUAACCGUGACAGAAAACACGGACACGUUUCCCCAACGCAUAUUUCCUCGGUAUAAUUAAACGAUAAUUAAACAAUCCUCUUACCGUUUACACAACAAUUUAAUGAAAUUGAUCGCUCGAAAUUGCGUAUGCGAAUAUUUUAUACGUCGUUCUCGAAUAUUAACACAAGUCCUUCCGGACUGUUAUUAGAAAGUUUAAUAAUUGAAUGUACUUCACUAAUAUAUUUCAGGAGAACAUUUGAUCAAAAUAAAUAAUCACCACAAGAAAAGUGGAGAGAAAUUUUCGUAGGUAACGUAAUGGUUUUCACGUAACUCGCGAUUGUAUCUCGGAGCCUGUGUUCUGCUCAGAAAUUAUGGUAACGCAUAUCAUGCGAAACCCGGAGGCAUUUCGCUUUUCCUGACUAUUUCUUUGCUCCGGUCGCAUUCUGUCAAUGAAAGGUAUACCGAAGCGCGCAAUGCUUGUAGCCACUAGCAGAACCUACACUUUUACUGGCAUGCUUUAUGCAAACUCCUAAACAUCGUUAUUUCUAUUCCAGACAUUUCAAGUAUGCGUCUACCACAGAUUGUGAUUUUACUAUCAAAUUACACAGUGAACAGGAUACUAGGUCUAUGCAAUUCUGUUAAUAAAUACAUAUUGAGAAGCAUGAGAA